AUGGUGGGGUUUGGGGCCAACCGGAGGGGCGGCCGCCUCCCCUCGUUCCUGCUCGUGGCCCUGCUGCUGGCCGUCGCCAUCCUGGCCUUCAACUGCUGGAGGACGUCGUCCCGCCAGGCCGCCCUGCAGGAGGAGCUGGCCGAGCUGCAGGGCCAGGCCAAGCGCGGCGACGUGGCCCGCGGCCGCCUGGAGAAGCGCAACUCCGAGCUCCUGCUCCAGGUGGAGGCCCACAAGAAGCAGCUGGAGCAGAAGCAGGCCGACCAGGGCCACCUGAGCAGCCAGCUGCAGGCCAGGGACGGGCAGGCCAGGAGGUGCGAGGAGGGCAAGGUCAAGCUUCAGAAUAACAUAUCCUACCAAAUGGCAGACAUACAUCGCUUAAAGGAACAACUUGCAGAGUUACGUCAGGAAUUCAUCCGUCAAGAGGACCAACUUCAUGAAUACAAGAACAACAAUACACAGCUUGUUAAAAGGUUGGAGUAUGAAAGUUUUCAGUGUGGACAGCAGAUCAAAGAAUUGAGGUUGCAGCAUGAAGAAAACAUGAAAAAAUUAGAGGACCACGUUUUACAAAACCAAAAGGCCCUGCACAGGAGCCAGUCCAGCAGAUAUGUGGAGGCAGAGCUGAGCAAUAAUGCUGUGGUAUUGAAGACAACUCAAGAGCUGGAUGAAAGGAAUGCCAUGAAGCAUGAAGAGCCUUCAGUAAACAAUGUCUCAGACGGCAAAGAGAAAAUUAAACCGGGAGAUGAUGCAGGCAUGCCUGGGAUAGAAGAGAACGACCCUGCUAAAGCUGAAGACAGCCUCACUGCUUUGAAGAAGCCACUUAUUUCAACUUUUCAAAAGGAGAGACAACAGGUCAAUGUGAAUCUUCCCACAGAACAACCUCAUGCUUCUAAUCUGGCUCAAGGUGCAAGUGUUAACCAUGACAGAAAUGCUGAGGCUGUGAUACAGCAGAUUCCGUCGAACCCUCUUCUACACUUAAUGCCUGAUCGUGUGGCGGAUAGUCAGAAAGCUGAUAAAGAAGCGGUAAAACAAGCCCCAAAGGACAGAGUCAGUGACUUCCAGAGGAUGAAGCAAAGCCGGUUCUUUGAUGAGAAUGAGUCCCCUGUGGAUCCGCAGCAUGGCUCUAAACUUGCGGAUUAUAAUGGGGAUGAUGGGAACGUGGGUGAGUAUGAGGCAGACAAGCAGGCUGAGCUGGCUUACAAUGAGGAAGAGGAUGGUGAUGGUGGUGAAGAAGACGUCCAAGAUGAUGAAGAGAGAGAACUUCAGAUGGAUCUUGCAGACUAUGGAAAGCAGCGCUUCAAUGAUGUCCUUUAAAUCUCUAAAUGAACUUCAUGCUGAGGAAUCCUGCAAUAGAAAGAAAUUGAAUUAAUUCUUCCUAGUAUUUACUGUGAAAGACACUGAAAAUAGUGGCAG